AGCUUGAGGAUGAAGACUUCACAACUAAAACUAUUCAUGGAACUGACCAGAACCUAACACUUCCGUCUUCAUCAUUAAACUACAGCAGUAAACCGCUUCCUCUGGAGGGCGCACUGCCGGUGGAUUCCUAUAACAGCAUUCACCUGUGAUCAUUCCAAGGAAAGAUCAACCUGAGUGCCUCCAGCCUGCAACCAACAUGGGCGCACGCUCCACCUCCCUGCUUCUACUGACUUCGAUGAUCCAUCUGCUCUCGCGCGCCUCGGCCCGCGAGUUCCUCUCGCCAGGCUCCUCGCUCUCCACCGAGGACGGCUCCGGCAUGCUCCAUUCGCCAAACGGCGCCUUCACCUGCGGCUUCCACAACAUCUCCCCAAACGCCUCCGUCUUCUCCGUCUGGUUCGCCGGCACGGCCGAGAAGACCGUCGUCUGGAGCGCAAACCAUCUCCGCCCCGUCUACUCCCGGGGAUCCCGGGCCGUGUUGCACGCUGACGGCAGCAUGGUUGUGGAAGACUACGACGGCGAGCCCGCGUGGGCAAACAACGUCAGCUCCUCAUCAAAGGCCGAGCAAGCCCGGCUGCUGGACACGGGCAACCUCGUCGUCAGCGGCCAAGGUGAUGUCAUUCUGUGGCAAAGCUUCGAUUCUCCUACUGAUACGCUGCUGCCCAAUCAGAGCAUCACUGCGGCUACGAAGUUGGUGUCCGCUCAUAGGUUACUUGCUCCUGGGCGCUACAGUUUCCAUUUCGACGACGCGCAUUUGCUCUCGCUGUUUGAUGAUGAGCAGGACAUCUCUUUUAUCUACUGGCCAAAGCCUGAUCUUGCUACCUGGGCAAGGCAAAGAAACCCAUUUAGUACCACCACCGUUGGGGUCCUUGAUAGCUGGGGGUAUUUCCUUGGGAGUGAUGAUUUGACUUUCAAGUCUGCUGACUGGGGUCCUGGGGUUAUGAGGAGGCUAACAUUGGAUUAUGAUGGCAACCUCAGAUUAUACAGUCUAGAAAACCGGAAAUGGUCGGUCACAUGGAUAGCAUUUCAGACCUGCUUCGUACACGGUCAGUGUGGUAUGAAUGGAAUAUGUGUGUAUACACCUAGGCCUGCUUGCGCAUGCGCCCCUGGACACGAGGUCAUCGACCCAAGUGACCGGAGCAAAGGCUGCCGGCCGAGGUUCAACCUCAGUUGUGAUGGGCAGGAGAUGAAAUUUGUGAAGCUACCCUCCACUGACUUCAUAGCUUAUGAUCAAAGUAAGCGCAGCUUAGUUUCCUUUGAUACUUGCAAGCAGAUAUGCAUGGAUGACUGCAGUUGCAAAGGUUUCUCAUACUGGCAAGGAGGUGGAUCCUGCUACCCAAAGUCAUCCCUUGUUGGCGGGGUAACCAGCCCAGGCUUACCUGGUUCUAUCUAUCUCAAGCUUCCAAAGACAGUACAGGUCUCAGGGUCCUCAAUUCCUCAAUCGCAGCCUUUUGGUCCCACAUAUGCUCCGAACUGUAGUGCAAAGAACAAAUAUUUCACUGCAGAUUUUCCGGAUAUACCCAAGAGCAAUCAGAGUGGAUCAAAGUAUUUGUACUUCUAUGGGUUCUUAUCAGCAAUAUUCUGUGUGGAGGUAAUAUUUGUGGCAUUAGGAUGCUGGUUUAUGGUGAGAUUGGAGGGCAAGCAGUUAACAGGAGUAUGGCCAGCUGAGGUUGGCUAUGAGAUGAUAACCAACCACUUCCGGAGAUAUACUUACAAGGAGUUGCAGAGAGCAACUCGGAAGUUCAAGUGUCAGAUUGGGAGGGGCGCAUCUGGUCUUGUGUACAAGGGGAUCUUGAAAGACAAGAGGGCAGUAGCAGUGAAAAGGUUGGCAGACAUAAACCAAGGCGAAGAAGAGUUCCAACAUGAACUGAGUGUGAUUGGAAAGAUCUACCAUAUGAAUCUGGUGAGGGUUUGGGGAUUCUGUUCUGAUGGUCCACACAGGAUAUUGGUUUUAGAGUACGUUGAAAAUGGUUCUUUGGACAAAACGCUGUUUAGUGGAAAGGCCUCACAGAUAUUACUUGGAUGGAAUGAAAGAUUUAAGAUUGCUCUAGGGGUGGCAAAAGGAUUGGCUUAUCUUCAUCAUGAGUGCCUGGAAUGGGUUAUCCACUGCGACCUCAAGCCUGAGAACAUACUGUUGGAUGGGAACUUGGAGCCAAAGAUCACCGACUUUGGCCUCGCAAAACUUCUGAAUAGGGGUGGAUCCAACAAAAGUGUAUCGCGGAUCCAUGGAACUAGAGGUUAUAUAGCUCCUGAGUGGGUUUCUAGCCUCCCAAUAACAGCAAAGGUUGAUGUCUACAGCUUUGGAGUGGUUCUCCUAGAACUACUGAAGGGGGCUCGUGUUUCAGACUGGGCGCCAAAUGCUGAUGAAGAAGUGGAAAUGGUCCUUCGAAGGGUCGUUAGGAUGCUUGCAGAAAAUCUGAUGCUGGAGGGUAGCAAACAGUUAUGGAUCGAUGACUUCAUUGACUCCAGGUUAAACCGCCAGUUCAAUGACCUGCAAGCAAGAACAAUGAUCAAGCUGGCUGUUUCAUGCGUAGAGGAAGACAGUAGAAAAAGACCCACAAUGGAAAAUGCUGUGCAGAUGCUCCUUUCAGUUGAUGAAGCCAGUGGCAUAACGCAGCAGUAUUCUACCAACUGAACAAAGAGCUUGGUGUUUGAUAUAGCAUACACCAUCGAUUAUUAUCACUGGAUCCAAAACAAGAUAUCUAUGAAAUGUGUCCAUGUAAAUCAGGAACUGCAUGAGCCACUUGUAUGCCAAUUUUCAGUUUUGACCACACUAUACAAGAUUAUGUAGUCUCAUAAUACUAAUAUUUGUGGGAUCGUUAUGCUAGUUUGUGUUGUAACAGAUUAAGAUUUCGUGUGACCAUGUGGUUUACC